UGUGACCCACACUCAGCCAUCUUGUGGAAAACGAAGAGAGAGAGCCACUCAACAACACGGAUACAAACCCUGAGCUGUCAUAGCUAGCAGAGAACUUUGAGGAAAAAUGGCCGAAACCCAGACACUUAACUUUGGACCUGAAUGGCUCCGCGCCCUCUCUGGAGGUGGUGGCGGCGGUGGUGGAGGGAGCAGCAAUGCUGUUACUUCUCCCCCACUCUCGCCUGCGUUGCCAAAGUAUAAACUUGCAGACUAUCGUUACGGGAGAGAAGAAAUGUUAGCACUUUAUGUAAAGGACAACAAGAUCCCUAUAGACCUACAUGAUAAGGAGUUUCUACCCAUAUUGCAAGAAGAACCCUUGCCACCUCUGGCACUCGUGUCUUUCACGGAGGAAGAGCAGAGAAAUUUUUCCAUGUCUGUAAACAGUGCAGCUGUACUCCGUCUGACAGGACGAGGGGGCGGGCCCAUAGUAGGAGCACCAAGAGGCCGAAGUACAUCUAGAGGUAGAGGGCGGGGAAGAGGUGACGGGGGGUUUUACCAAAGAAGUUUUGACGACGUUGAAGGUUUUGGCCGUGGGGGGAGAGAAAUUCAUCGCUCUCAAAGCUGGGAGGAAAGUGAUGACUUUUUUUCAAUCAGGGGAGAUAGAAGAUUUGAAAAGCCAGGUCGAAAAGACCCAGAAGCUGCUCCUGGACAUUUUCAGAUCAAUCAUACCAGAGGAGCCACCUAUGAGGAUGGCGGGACAGGACUGCCCAGGAAGCAUGAGUUCACGCGGUCAGAGAGUGAGAACUGGCGUACUUCUCGUGACGAGCUGAACGAUGGGCCUCGGUCAGCAGGGUGGCGGGAACACCCAGACCAACGUCGGCGCUUCCCAUUCGAUGCAAGAGAAGAGGAGCGUGGCUACAGGAGACCAAGGUCAGGUAGUGGCAGCCUGGAGGAUGAGCGGGACAGCUUACCAGAGUGGUGUCUGGAGGACGCAGAUGAAGAAGCAGGGACGUUUGACUCUUCAGGCGCUUUUCUGUCUCUAAAGAAAGCGUCGAAGGAACCAAUCCCAGAAGAAGCAGAGCUUGAUUUCAGACCCUUGGAGGAAUAUGAUGAGGGUCAGGAGGAGGAAGGUAGUUUAUCCAGGGAGACCAAAGAAACGCAAAAAGAGGCCAAAAGAGAACCGGAUCGAAAAGAGUUAACUAGGGGGUCAGAAAAUGGUCCAUCUGUUGUUCCAGUUGUGGCUACAUCACUCCCCGAGUCCCAGCCGCCUCCUCAGAGUUUGUCCCCGAAACAUCCCAGCAGAAAAGAAGAGUCUGAAAGACCAGCUGAAAGGCACCCACCCCUGGAGCUUCCAUCAGAGCCCUGCAAAGCCCCCCUUCGUGUUCCAAUGUCUAAUAGCAUGCUGGAAUCACACCCCAUGACCCACAUUUCCACCACCCUACCAGAGGCUUCUGCUCCAUCAUCCACUGUUCAUCUACCACAGCCAAAACCUGUAGAAGUCCCUGUGGCAAUGAGCAAUCCUUUACUCUACACAUCAAAUAUUGUGACGCCUAUAAGCAGGCCCACCACCGUGACAAAUGAUGCUGAUGAAGAUGAAGGAUUGAAACAUUUUGAGCAAGAGGCAGAAAAGAUGGUAGCUUACCUCCAGGACAGCGGAGUGGAUGAUGACAGACUUGCAGUAAAGACUUCAGAGAAGCCCAAACCUGCAGGCCUGCCUCUCACUCACGAAGCUGCUCUCAAGUGGUUUUAUAAAGAUCCACAGGGGGAGAUACAGGGUCCAUUCGGUAAUCACGAGAUGUCUGACUGGUUUCAAGCUGGUUACUUCACCAUGUCUCUGUUGGUGAAAAGAGGGUGUGAUGAAGUGUUUCAACCUUUGGGAGAGAUGAUGAAAAUUUGGGGGAGGGUUCCCUUUACUCCAGGUCCCGCACCGCCACCACUACAAGCUGAUGGAGACCAGGAGAGGUUAAAGAGGCAGCAGGAGCUAACCGCUCUCAACCUUUACCAGCUGCAGCAGCUACAGUAUCAGUACCUCCUCAGGCAGCAAUAUGCACAGGCGUUGGCCCAGCAGAAAACUUUAGCUCUGAACUCGGCUCCUGUCCAACAGCAGCAGCAGCACCAACAGCAGAUCAACAUGCUUCUGCAGCAAUACCAGGCUUUAAAGAUAAGUGCUUCUGAGAGUCUUCUACCUCCUGUUACUCGAUCCCUGCCAGUACCCGACUCUGGUUCUGUGUGGGAAAUGCAGAAUCCAUCGUCUCAGGCUUCCUGUAAACCGAACCUCCCACAGGUUGCUACAACCACAUGGGAAGGCAGCAGUGUGUGGGACUUGCCUAUUGACUCAGUGGCACAAGCUCCAACUAUUGAGCAGAUGCAACAGUUUGAGAAAGCAAGAUCUGCGAAGCUGGAGCUGGAAAGGCGAGAGGCAGAUUUGAGAGCGAAACGUGAGGAAGAAGAAAGGAAGCGUCUAGAAGAGGCACUCAGGGUUCGACAAGAGGAAGAAAGGAAGCGUUUGGAAGAAGAGGAGCUUGCUCGGCAAAAACAGGAGGAGGCACUAAGGCUGCAAAGGGAACAAGAGGAGGCACAACGGAGGCAAAAAGAGGAGGAGGAGAGGAAGGCACAGGAGGAGGCCCUCCGAAGGUUGGAGGAAAGGCGGAGGGAAGAAGAAGAGAAAAGGAAACGGGAAGAGUUCCUUCGUAAACAAGAAGAGGAGCGUAAAAGGCAAGAGGAACUAGAGGUGCUGAGGAGACGUGAGGAGGAGAAGAGGCGCCUGGAGGAGGAGGCUGCUGCUGCUGCUGCUGCAGCUGCUGCUGCUCUUGCACAGCAGCAGGAGGAGCAAAAAAGAAGGGAGCAGGAGGCUCAAAGACAACAGGAGCUCCAGAGGCAGAGACAGCAGCAACAAGAGGCCCUCAGAAGACUGCAGCAGCAACAGCAGCAGCAACAGCAGCUCGCACAAAUGAAGCUUCCAUCUUCUUCUAAGUGGGGACAGCAGUCAUCCAAUCUCAACCACACACAAAAUGCCUUGUCAUUGGCUGAGAUCCAGAAACUAGAGGAGGAGAGAGAACGACAGGCACGUGAGGAGCAACGACGUCAGCAGCAAGAGCUCCUAAAGCAGCAGCAACAGCAGGCGCUGCAACAAGCUCAGCAGACACAUGCCAAGCUCUCUGGUUGGGGGAACGCUGGCAAACAGCCCGUUAUUACAAAGUCUUUGCUGGAAAUUCAGAGGGAGGAGGCCCAGCAGAUGAAGCAGAGGAAGGAGCAAACACACCAACAGCAUCCAGCUGUCAGCCAACAGACUCGACCUCAAAACAAAACUACAUCGAUGAGUAACUCAGUUUGGGGGUCUGUUAACACCAGCACUAACUGGGGCUCGGACUCUAGCAGUAUAUGGGGCGACACGCACAACUCAAACAUGGGUUUCUGGGAUGAGGCCGUGAAGGAGGCUGUCCAACAACCCCCUCCUCAGACCAAAAAAGGCAACACCCAGAAAAACAACAAAGGAAACGCCAACCUCAGUAACUCUCUGAGUGGGCGGACCAGUAAGAAGGUCGACGAGGAGGAGAAGCUGCUAAAGUUGUUCCAGGGUGUCAGUAAAAGCCAGCAGGACACAUUUAUGCAGUGGUGCGAGCAAACCCUGCAUACGCUCAACACGGCUAACAACCUGGAUGUUCCUACGUUUGCAUCCUUCCUGAAGGAAGUGGACUCUCCUUAUGAGGUGCAUGACUACAUCAGGAACUAUCUAGGUGACACUCCUGAGUCCAAGGACUUUGCCAAGCAGUUCCUGGAACGUCGUGCCAAACAGAACGCUAACCAACAGAAACAAGGGCUGCCGAGCCAACAGCAACUCAGGCAGCAGAAGCAGCAAGAUUCGGUAUGGGGUGGGACGGGAUCUUCAGCCAUCUACCAGUCCAACCAUACGAGCAGCCAGCAACAACGCUUUGAGACGGUCACCUCAGGGAAGAAGAAAAAGAAGCAGAAAAUGGUCCGAGCUGACCCAAGCCUUUUAGGUUUUUCUGUAAAUGCAUCGUCUGAGAGAUUGAAUAUGGGAGAAAUCGAGACUUUGGAGGACUUUUAAGGGACUGCAGCCAAGCAGAUCCCAGUGACUGUAUCCAGUUUGAACAGCAGCUGUUCUACCUAAACCCCAGCCCCCCUCAAGUUUCCAAAAAAACAUUUUUUUUUUUAAAGUUUUUCCAUCCAUCUUCACCUCUAUUAGUUAUUUGUUUGUUUUUUGUUUCUAACUAGCAAACUGACCUGUAGCAAACUGGUGCAUGUGACAUCUACCGGGCCAAAUCAGCAGAGCCCUCAGAGAUCUUCAUCUCUUUUGGCUUCAGCUGUUUGAUCCACAACCACUCCCUGCAUCCAAUUCUCACAGAGAGAGAUCUCAAAAUUGGCCUCUAUCGAUUGUGGAUUUUAUUUGAAGUGUGGAUAUACGAGUGGGAUAGCAUAAGGGAUAAAGAAAUUAUUUGCUUAGAAUUUGUUUUAUUUAUUGAAAGCCCUCACUUCUUCCCCGUUACCCCACCCCCUCUCCCCUUAUUCUUUUCAGCUGGUUGUUCAUGGAUAUUAACGGCAAAGUAGAGCCCAAGGAUUCGUGCCCGCUUAUGUCCUGUUUUAAGGACAUGUUCAAAAGUUCCAACUAGUUAUCUAUUUCUUGUAAAAUACUAGGCUGUUAAAGGAAUAAAGUUUCAAUUCUGCAUCUGUAUUAUAAUAUAUAAAAAAGGAUCUGCUGGAGUCAUACUUUUUUAUAACAGUAUGGAACAAUAAAACAGUCUUAUGUGUGGGCUGUUCACAU